GCACGCAUUCCCUGGUGCACUGUUCUCAGGCCUUUGUCCUAUUGCAACACAAACCUAGUGAGCUUGCCACGCUGCAUCAGCCUUGUCUCUCAAUGGACAUAUACGCAAAGCUGUCGCCUCUACAAGACAGCCAGAUUCGACUCCUCCACGUUUCGCCAUGCUCUGACCCCAGCGAGAUUUGUUGCGUCCUAACCGUAGUCUCGCUCCGCUCCCAGCCCUCUUAUUCCGCACUGUCCUAUACUUGGGGUUCUCCCUUUCCCGACUACAGUGAGCGGCAUGAUAAAUCAACAGACCCGACCAUUACCUGCAACGGCAUCAAAAUCUCUGUCAAAUCAAAUCUCCACGACUUCCUCCUGCACUGUGCCACGCAUUCAGAUCCAGCAUUCCGUGGCCUGCUCUGGGUGGAUGCUCUUUGCAUCAACCAAGGAUGCCAUCCAGAGCGCACCAAACAGGUGCAGUUGAUCGGCGAUAUUUACAAACACGCUGAGCGGGUAGUCGUCUGGCUUGGUGUCGAGGAUGACGCUACUGCCAUGGCAGUAGAGUUGAUGAAGAGAUUCGCUGCUUUGAAUCCGGCUGCUCGAUCGGCACGAGUGCUUCAAUCGCGCUUUUCGCCUGCGAGCCAGGACCCUUUGUUUGACCCUAGACAUUGGCACGCAAUGGCUCGCUUCUUCGAGCGGAACUGGUUCGAGCGCGCGUGGAUAAUCCAAGAGAUCACCUUUGCCCGCUGGGCCAUCGUGCUUUGCGGACAACACACACUGAAAUGGGACGAGAUUACGACAAUGUCCAAGUUCAUGGCGACGGAUUUCUCUGCAACGUCGAUCUGGUCAAAGCACUUCGAAAUAGCUGCGAAUACAGAUGUCGAGUUCGCGGUUAGUGUACGCGCCCGGCGAGCAAACUUUCCAGCGAAGCUGGCUGCCACCAAAGCCAACCAGCUUUCCUCGUCUGGAGACGGAUUACUGUAUGCUUUAAUCCGGUCGCGCGUGUCCAAAUGUCAGGAUGCAAGGGACAAGGUGUACUCGCAGCUGAGGCUCGGCACUGCAGAUAUCAUCCCAACCUACGAGAAGGAUGUUGCUCAAGUUUACAUCACUGCAGCUACGUACAUUCUACAAAACAGCGAUAAUCUGCUUCUGUUGACGUGCGUGGAAGGCUCAGACUUCCAGAACAUAUCCAAUCUGCCAUCUUGGGUGCCGGACUGGAGCGUGACCAAGGAUCUAGGACUCCGCAUCACAGGCUAUCGUCAAUUCAAAGCCGCUGGGAAUCUCCCGCGUACUGCCAAAGUAGUUAAUGGCGGUAGAGUUCUCCAGAUACAGGCUGCGAGAAUAGAUAUCAUAACAAAAAGUGCCGAGACGAAGGCAGAAAUACUGGACUUCUCCCGUCCAACAAGACUUUGGGAGAUGCUUGCAGAGCUCGACGACAUAUAUGCACCGACGGAAGAGACCAAAGAAGAGGCCCUGUGGCGGACACUGAUAACGAACCGGGCCCAUGUGGAUGGCGCCAUACAGUAUCCCGCGUCAAUAUCGCCGGUCCAAGAAUCUUUUGUAAAAUGGAUUAUAUCGCGAUACUUUACCGCUAUCAGAAAGUCGCCAUUACUCGAGUCGAGCUCGUUUCCUGUGUUCGAGUCGUCUGGGAGUAUAGUCCCCUCGCGAAAAGCAAUCCUAGAGAUCGUCGAAAACGCGUCACCCGAGGACCGAGCCGCUGUAGAGAAGGAAGCAUCGAUUUUCCACUCACAUUAUUCGCAUGCAAUGUUUGUGCGGCCUUUCCGCACGCAACAGGGUUUCCUCGGCCUGGGAACGCAGUCGUUGAGUGAAGGGGAUAGUGUGUGGAUUGUUGCUGGGUGCCGCGUGCCGCUCAUCUUGCGCAAAGUGGAGGAUAGUCUGCGAUACAAGUUGGUUGGUGGGACUUUACUCCAUGGGUUCAUGGAUGGCCAGUGGCUGAGGCGUGAUGGAGUCCGAUUCAACGUGGUGGAGCUAGAGUGAUUGACUUCUCUGGCCUGAGAACGAUCUAUGCCUGUCCUCACUACUGUUUGUUGGGC